UCGAGGCUGAUUCUUCCCCUCUCGCUGGCUCCAGGUCACCAGCGUUUGUUGUCAAAACUGCAAGCGGUCCGCGCCGGAGGCGGCUGCUUGCUUUUGCCGCCGCCGCCGUUACCACCACACAUGCCCUCGCUCAAAACCCGGUUUCCCGCCUGGGCUCAAAACUCCGACAAACAUUUCCUAAUAAGGUUUCGCAGGUAUCGGCCACAGCCCGGCCGCGUUUUCUAAAGGACAACCCGGGGGGGAUUACAAGGGGCCGGGGGGUGGGAGAGUUUGGAAAGCGUCGCUGAGAAACUUCGCGAGCAAAGAGAGCUUGAAAUCCGGCGGGAGUUUCUAACUUGCUUAGCAGCGCCGGAGAGAUCGCGGUCUUAACAUGGGGGAUGUCAAACUGGUAUCGACUCAGAUCUCCAAAGCCACCUUGACUUUAAACCACUCUCCUCUAAGACCUCCAGCUUCAACAGAAGCACCAGCAUUUAUUCUACCUCCACGAAAUAUCCAGGUGCCAGUUGGAGGCACUGCAAAGUUUGAAGGACAGGUGAGAGGCAAUCCUGAACCUCAGAUCACAUGGUACAGAAAUGAGCACCUUGUCACAGGAGAGCGCUGUGUAGCAGAUUGCAGCAUCCGAGGAAUUUUCAGUUUGAUAAUUAAAGGGGUAAAGGAGGAAGAUGGUGGUCUGUAUAUGUGUCAGGCCAGAAAUGCUGGUGGGAUUCGCCAGGUGACUGUGGAAUUGACAGUGGAAGGAAAAGUUUUGAAGAAAUAUAACUUGCCUUCCAGUUCCAAAAGUUCUGGGGGUCAGUCUACUCUUCUACCUAUAGAACAACGGCCAAGCAUCUGGGGCGAAUGUCCACCCAAAUUUGCUACAAAACCCAAUCGGGUUAUUGUACGAGAAGGACAGACUGGUAAAUUUUCCUGUAAGAUAACAGGGCGACCUCAGCCUCAGGUCAUCUGGUUCAAGGAUGAAAUCCAGGUGCAGAAAAAUGAUCGUUUUAACAUGUUUGAGAAAGCGGGCAUCCAGUUUUUGGAAAUCCAAAAUGUUCAGCUGGCUGAUGCUGGAAUUUACACUUGUACCUUGAUGAAUAAUGCUGGGAAGGCUUCUGUGACUGCAGAACUCAUGGUUCAAGGUUCUCUAAAAAGGGAUGCAUAUUCUCAACCUCUUUGCACAUCAGCAAAACCCAGUGCCUCUACAAAAUCCACCAUUAUUACCAAAGCUAUUGAAACCUCAGAGUUCAGAAAACCCACUAGCAAUGGGGUAGUUAAAGACCUCAAAUCUACCACCACAGAGGUUUUGCUAGAAUCCAAAGAAAGGCCAUUGGUGAAGAGAGAAAUUCAGCUUGCUCCACCCAAAGAAGCCAGAGAGAAUCAGUUGCAACAAAUAAUGAAGGAACCCAACAGAGACCCAGCUAAAGAAGACAGGAAAAGCCAACAGGUUCUGCAGAAAACAUCAAGCACUAUAACUCUUCGCUCUGUGAAAAUACAGCCUGGACCAAAGGCAGAAUUGAAGGCAGUUUCUUUUGAGCAGGAAGCAAAUGGAGAAAAAACAAAGCAAUUACUGGCAGCAGAUUGGCAGGCUGCUUUUUCUACCAAGUCAAAUAAUCUGACCUCUGAAGAAUUGGAAAAUCAUGUUGCCUUAAAGAAGAGUGCAGCAGAAAUAAAGAUUCAGAAAAUCCCUCCCCAGUUUGAGUGUCGGCCUCAAAGCCAGGAAGCAUUAGAAGGAGAAGAGGUUACAUUUAGAUGCAGAGUUUCAGGGAAACCCAAGGCAACUGUUGAAUGGUUCAAAGAAGGAGCCCUUCUGGAAACAGGAGACAGCAUCCUGAUAUAUGAAGAAGAUGGGGUCCAUUGUUUGUGCCUGAAAAAAACUCAGCCAGAAGAUAGUGGAUUUUACUCUUGCAAAGCUUUCAAUCCUGGAGGCCAAGCUUCAACCAGUUGGCUAUUAACAGUGAAAAGGCCUAAAGUGAAGGAAGUACCUCCCCAUUUUCUCCGGGUCUUGAAAUCCUGCCACGUGAGUGAAGGGCAAGAUUUUACCCUUCGGUGCUCAGUUGAGGGGAUACCUGUUCCUCAGGUCAUCUGGCUCCUUAACGAUCAACCAAUUCAGUAUGCAUGUUCUGACUUUGAAGAUGGAAUUGCAAAAUUGACGGUUCAAGAUGCUUUACCAGAGGAUGAUGGAGUAUAUACUUGUUUGGCAGAAAAUGCUGCUGGAAGAGCUUCCUGCUGUGCUCAGGUUACUGUUAAAGGUAAAUAUGAAGAUAAAUGCCCAGCUGAUCUAUCCUUUGAGAACUGAACCGAAAACUUUAAUUACUUUAUUUUCUCUUUGUUGAUGAGAAUUUUUUUUAUUGUGCCUUUUAUUCAGUAAAAAUACAAUCAGUGAUCAUUGAUGAACCGAUCUUGUAUCUUUAACAGGUAUAUCUUCUUAUGUCUUAAUCUACUUAUCCACUAAGAGGCAUAUUUGAAUUUGCUGCUUUUAAAAGCCCCUGCCCAUGUGUUUGACCUUUACUUAGUAGCAUGAUAGCUUUCAAUCGAUUUGAAAAACAUUAAUGAGCUAUGUUUCAGUAAAUUAUGGUAAAAAGCAAUUGUCUCCAACUGGAAUUGUUUCCUUCUGUAUUACUAUUUUGGUUUCAAUGCUGAUUAAUUCUAUAGCAAACUUCCUCAGCCUGAUAUCCUUCAGUUAUUUUGGAACUGUAAAUUUCCAAAUUUCCACUCAGCUUUUGGCAACGUUGGCAAGGAAUUUUGAAAGCUGUAACUCCAACAUAUAUAAGACUGUCUGGUUGAAGAUGUCUAUUUUGCAAAGAUAAAUUAGAGUAGAGAAGAGAUAGAG